AUGUAAAAAACCAUUGCUCCGAUAGUGAAAUGGGCUCAAAGAAAAGACAAUGUAUUUCUGACAGUUGAAGUGAGAGAUUUGAAAGGUGAAAAAGUUGAAUUGACUUCGAAUUCACUUAAGUUUUCAGCAACUGCAGAAGGUGUUAAUUACGUAUUCGAAAUUAACUUCUUUGGUGAAGUUGUUGUUGAAGAAAGUAAAUGGACAAACUAUGGAUUGAAUGUCAGAUUUAUACUCUCCAAGAAAGAUAAAGCCACUUCAUAUUGGACAAGGUUGAUAAAGGAAUCUCACAAAUUGUAAUAUUUAUAGGUUGAUUGGACUAAAUAUAUUGAUGAAGAUGAUGAGGCUGAAGAAGGAGGCAAAGGAUUGGAUGAUUGGGAUUAAAACAAAUUCUAAAAUUUUGAUCAUGGUCACGAUCAUGGUCACGAUCACUGUCAUGAUCAUGGGCAUGAUCACGAACAUGGACAUCAUCAUGAAGAAGAUGAUGAUGAAGAAGAUUAAGAAGAACCAAAUGCUGGAAAUAUUGAUGAUUUGGACUAAGAGGAGGAAGUGCAACAAUAAGAAUAGGUACCCAAGGAAGGUGAUCAAUAAAAACAAGAAUAAUAAUGAGAAGUUAAGUGAGUAUUCUAUUAUUCUAUAAAAUAGAUUUUU